UCGUAUUGCCCCUACCUCGUGCUCCCUUCUUCCUCCUCUCAGUGUGGGUAAUUGUUAACCAUGUCGAGCUUUCCGGUGAAAGGAGGAUGACGAGAGGUGGGGUGAGUCCCCUAAUUACCAUCAUUGGUUGUAGCGGAAGCGGGGAGGAGGUGGCCUGACCCAUCGUUGCCCGUAACUACGGAUUCGCAGCGAGCGAGGCACGGAGAUGAUCAACGCAGCUGAUACGCUGCAGUGCGGGUGGGCAGCAUCGUGGGCUGCAUCUGUGCGGACAUGGCCUGAGAAGGAGGGGGAGGAGGAGGAGGAAGAGGAGGAGAGGGAGGGGGUGGAGGAGGAGGAGGAGGAGGAGGGGGAGUGGAGGAGGAAGACGGGGGAGGAGGGGGAGGUGGGGGGGAGCCUCCGGGUGACGUGGACGGGCACUAGCGAGCAUCCCACGUGGAUCGAGAAUCCGGAGCUGCUGAUCAUACAGGCUUGGAGGACUAACGUGGAAGGAGAUCUUCUUGGGUUUCUCUUCGGAUUGGUACAGCCGGGUCGACGCCACCKGAUUGCGCAGGAGCUUAUCGCACCGAUSUGGCAACUCGCGAACGACCUCUCGCCCGRCAUCUAUUUUCAGAGUGACGACAGUCCUGCUCCGUACAUUUUCGAGCGAUCAUUGGACCCGUACCUUCAGUGGACUGCGUGCUUGGAGGAACCUAGGGAGGAGGAUACGCUACCAUCGCGGCAGGAGUACCUGAAGCCGUACGAGAUCAUCCCUCAAGCCUUCUAUCCGAGGGCAGAGGAAGUAGUGAUCGAYGACGACAAAGAAGAAGACGAAGACGAAGAAACAUCGGAGGAGGGAAGCUAUAGURAGCACAGCGAGGGCGAACUGAGCGAAGGAGAAGAGGAGGAAGAGAAAACUGGAUCCGAGUGGGAAGCCUUGCCGGAGGAAGCGACGCGUACAGGAACGGAGGCAGACGAUCCGGAAGCGGCGCAAAAACGCGAAGAAAUUGUCACCGGGAAGCGCCAACUGGAGUUCGCCAGCCAAACUAGCCUGCGCAUCAGCAAUGACCCGAUCAGGGAUCCAGAGCCGCCGAAGCCCGAAGAUGGCAACCCUGCAGCCGCCACCUCAAGUACCGUGCGACGGAGCCGGAGACGAUCCCCCUCCUCCCCCAGCCCCACCCGUCCCCCGGUUUGCCCACGUACCGAUGCGGGCGAUAGGCCUUCCCUCUACUACCGAAGAUUUAUCAAGGGUUUCGCGGCGAUUGAGGGACCCUUCACAAAUCUGUUGCGCAAGGAUCAGUCGUUGAUCUGGACGCCGGAAUGCGAUCAAGCGUUUUCCACACUCAAGGUCGCUCGCAUUUUGGGUCCGGUCCUUAUAAGACCGGAUCCCGAAAAACCUUUUAUUCUCAUCACUGACAGGCAGCCAGAGGCGAUUUCGGCGAUCCUUGCCCAGGUGGGACCAAGCGGACUCGAGAGUGUGGUGGAGUAUGUGUCCAAAUCAGUGCCCGCUUUCAAGCGCAACUACGCCGCUCCAACGGGUGAAUGCUAUGCGGCUCUCGGGGGAAUCAGUCACUUUCGUGCUUACCUGUACGGGCGAAGAUUCACCUUGGUAACUGAUCAUGAGCCCCUGUUGGCUCUGAAGAAGUCGAAGGAUUACUCGGGCAUGAUCGGGCGAUGGGCAACGGUGCUGCAGAGCAUGGACUUUCACAUUCGUCAUCAUAAGCACGAGAGACACGGGAAUGCAGACGGACUGACACGGCUACACCAGCCAGAGAAAGUUUCGAAGAAUGAGGAGGUGAUUCCGUGGAACGAACCUAAACAGGAGGUUGGACCCCAGUACGGCCAAGUGGAGAUUUUGUCGAAGCAGGACGAGGAUACGCUACCAUCGCGGCAGGAGUACCUUAAGCCAUACGAUAUCAUCCCUCACGCCUUCUAUCCGAGGGCAGAGAAAGUGGUGAUCGACGACGACGAAGAAACAUCGGAAGAGGGAAGCUAUAGUGAACAUAGCGAGGGCGAGCUGAGCGAAGGAGAAGAGGAGGAAGAGGAAACCGGGUCCGAGUGGGAAGCCUUGCCGGAGGAAGCGACGCGUACAGGAACGGAGGCAAACGAUCCGGAAGCGGCGCGAAAGCGCGAAGAAAUUGCCACUGGGAAGCGCCAGCUGAAGUUCGUCAGCCAAGCUAGCCUGCGCAUCGGCAACGAUCCGACCAGGGAUCCAGAAUCGCCGAAGCCCGAAGAUGGCGACCUUGCAGCCGCCACCUCAAGUACCGCGCGAUGGAGACGGAGUCGAUCCCCCUCCUCCCCCAGCCCCACCCGUCCCCCAGUUCGCCCACGUACCGAUGCGGGUGAUAGGCCUUCGUCCUCGAACGCUGUCCCGCCGACCCCUUGAUUUCCUCACCCUCGAGCAGAUCCGUACCCCCGUCACCUUCCCCUCCCAUCCUUUCCAUCCCCAUCUC